UGGACCAGCGCCCUCCCCUUCCCUCCUCUCCUCCGUGAGCACCACCUGCCCCACUCAUCCCGGCUCAAGCCCCUCCUCUCCCCUAGGGCCUGGGCUGCCUGGGAGACCCAAGAGUCAGCCCUCCAUACCUUUAACAGAUCCAACCCAAGCCACCCCUGACCUUGCACCCAUCAGCCUCGACCGGAAUUAGCAUCUUAGCACAAGCAUCAGCCCUGAGCUCAGCCCAACCCCAGCCCGCGCCCAGCCUCAGCCCAAGACCCAGCAUGGCGAGGGAAUUUCAGGACAUCCAGCAGCUGGACCCUGAGGAGAACGACCACCAGCUCGGCAGAGGGAAGCCUCCUCCUCAGCCCUCUCUGCUGCAGCGUCUCUGCUCCAUGUUCCGCCUCAGUCUGCUUGUCCUGGGCCUCAACAUCCUGCUGCUGGUGGCCGUCUGUGUGAUGGGGUCCCACAGAGCACAGCUGCAAGUGGAGCUGCAGACCCUAAAGGAAACUUUCAGCAACUUCUCCUCGAGCACCCAGAUGGAGAUCCUGGCUCUGAGCUCCCAUGGAGGCGGCGCCCGUGACAAGGUGACAUCUCUGGAAGCCAAGCUGGAAAAACAGCAGCAAGACCUGAAAGCAGAUCAUGACACCUUGCUGUUUCAUCUGAAGCACUUCCCGGUGGACAUACGCACGCUGACUUGUCGGAUGGCGUUCCUCCACAGUAACGGCACAGAGUGCUGCCCCGUGAACUGGGUGGACUAUGAAGGCAGCUGCUACUGGUUCUCUCGCUCCGGGAAGCCCUGGCCCGAGGCUGAGAAGUACUGUCAGCUGGAGGGCGCCCACCUGGUGGUCAUCAACUCCAGAGAGGAGCAGAAAUUCGUUGCACACCACGCAAACUCCUUUCAGACCUGGAUAGGUCUCACUGACAGCGAUGGCUCCUGGAAAUGGGUGGAUGGCACAGACUACAGUCACAGCUACAACUCCUCCACUGGGCAUUUUGAAAAAAGGAAGGAUAAGAGAGUCCUCUUGUUACCAAGUCCAAGCUUGCUCUGCUCACCACAUGACAGGCCAAUGAAUUGGAGACGAAGUGUUGAAGCAAGGAAUAGGACUUUAUUUGGAAAGCUGGCAGACCAAGAAGAUGGCAGACUCAUGUCUGUCAAAAAACCAUCUUGCCUGAGUUAGAAUUCAGGCUUCUUUUAUACUAAAAAGGGGAGGGGGUGUUCUUGGUUAUUGCAGACUUCCUGGUGUCAGAAUCUUUUGUUCUUGCAGCUGUCCACGUAGGUCAGGUCAUGGUGUUCCUGUAAACCUCCAACAAGGCAAAUGUUAUUCUCUGUUCUGCAACUUUAAAGCUCAGAGGUUUGAGAAUGGGCUAUCUUGCAUAUUUCAGGCUAUAAAGUAAUAUUCUAUACUUGUAACAAAAGCAAUAGAAUACAAAGGUUCAUGUAAAACAAACAGAUCUAACAUGGAGUCCGAUUUAGCUCCUCCCUGUAACACUCAGAGGCGUGGGGAGGGGUUGAGGAGAGAGAGGAGGGGGUGAUUGAAGAAGCUCAGACCCUGGGAAGACUGAGAUCCUGCCUCCUUCUGAAAUUCACUGUAAUUAUGAUUAUAAUUUUCAGCCUCCUCAAUGGAGUAGGAAAAGGACAAAUACUUGAAACUCUGCACGAAGUGGUUAUUUGGAACUGGGAAACAUAGGGUACAAAGAAAAGGGAGGGCGAGAGUCUGGAGGAGAGAAAGCUUAAUUGGUAGACAGCUGUCCUUGACACCUAAUCGUGAAGGACACAGGUCAGGGAGGGGAGGGAAGAGGCUUGGAGCAGAGGUGACCUGUGGAAGGUACUGGCGGGGUUGUUGGGGCGGGGGAGCUGGCUGGGCUGUGGCUGGAGGGUCUGUCCACACCCUGAGGGGUUCCCUACAGCUGGGAUCCCCUCCAGAAGAGGUUCCAGGAAACACAUCUGCUCCACUGUCAGCCUGGGAACUGUGAACUGGGCUGGCGAAGGCCAGUGACAAGGUUUACUAAGAGAAGGAGGACUGGUAAGACCCCAGACAGACCUAGAUGGCUCUCAAGCACAGGGUGUCUCCAACAGCUUUCAAGGUGGGUAAACUGCACCUUCCAAGAUCAUUCUGAAACUGACCUUAAAAGAGUCUUUAAGC